GAGAAACUGCUAGAGAUAUCUCUAUGCACACAAAAAGAGACAGCAAUUUUCCAAAAAGAAACAAAAGAAAGGUUGACCAGGAUGGAAGAGGAAAUUACAGACCUAAAAAAAGAACUAAGCAAUAUAAAAAAGCUGGAAGAGACAAUAAUCGCUUUCAAAGAAGACCUGAAAGAGAAAGAAUUAAGACUGGUGGAGGUUGAAGACGCGGUAGAGAAUUUUAGAGAUCACAACUUCAGGCAAGAUGAUACUUUAGCAAUUCUGGAAUACAAUCAGAAAGAAAGAAUGGUAAGAAUCAGAGGGGUCCCAGAAGUGAAGGACGAGAAUACACUGAGCAGAAUAAUACCUCUGCUAAUGGAAAUUUGGGGACUCCAAAGAGAAGAAAUCUCAAGGGAAGUGGACCAUAUUUACAGGGUAAAUACGAGAUCGGCGAGAAAUAGAAGCUACCCCCGAGACAUAGUCCUAAGUGUAGUAAGAAGAGAUUUAAAAGAUCAAUUACUACGGGCGAACUCAAAAAGGAAUUUUAAAUUGGAUGAUGCGAGAAUUAUUAUCAUGAAAGAACUUCCAGUCUCCAUACAGCAGAGAAGAAAAGACUAUAAAAAAUUGACUAACCUUCUUAAAGACUCUAGCACGACUUAUAGGUGGAUAAUUCCGGAGGGAAUAUCAUUUGUAUGGAACGGAAAAAGAUUCAACUUGACUACUGUGCCCCAAGCUCAGGAAUUUCUGCAGAAACACCCCAAUCUACCCAUACCAGCUUAUCAAGAAAACAGCAAGGAUAGCAUUAGCGCAGAGGUGGAAGUCCGAGGAAAUCCCAACCCUAGAGGACUGGAGAACUAAAGUGCAAAAAAUGUUUGUGCUGGACAAAAUAUCAUUUACACUUAGAGGGAAACCAACGGAAGACUACUAUUCUACAUGGCAGCCGUGGACUAAUUAUAUUAAUAAAGUUUAAUGGACGUCAUUCACUUUGUAUGAGUAUAGAACAAAGUAACAUUGAUUGUUGCUAUUUUAAUUGAUUUACAGACAAAAUAUUAAUGAUUAAAAUUUAGUUACCAGGGAUUGUUAUGAAUGCAACGUAGAGGGGAAGU